AUGGAACCUUCAACUGAAGCAGUGAAGAAGAAGGCGACAUCUUCUGUUCAUGACGCGAAAGAAGAUAAGCCGCCAUUUGGAUCAAGGUUUUUGACCAACGAGGAAGAAGUCUGGUCACAGAACGCAUGGGACCAUGUACCCCCUCCUGACGGCCAGGAUGAAAUCAUCGCAAAGGCCCUUGAGAAGCAAAAGAGCAACCCCGUUCCGGUGGAAGAUAGAAUCAAAUAUAACGAAAAACCUGCAAAACACUGGGACACUUUUUACAAGUCUAAUGCUGAUAAUUUCUUCAAAAAUCGAAAAUGGCUACACAACGAAUUCCCUGAGCUCGUUGCGGCAACUCAGGAAGGAGCAGGGCCUUUUGUAGUUGCGGAAAUCGGUUGCGGUGCAGGAAACUCCGCAUUCCCCCUCUUGUCGUCGAACAAAAACCCAGAGCUUCGGAUACACGCAUACGAUUACUCUUCUCAUGCAGUCAAGGUUGUACAGAAUAACCCGCUGUACAAAUCGCCACCAGUCGGCUCGAUUCAAGCUUCGGUCUGGGAUCUUACUAGUAAAGAAGGAUUGCCCUCCGAUCUGGCACCAGGAUCGGUCGACAUUGUCGUUCUUGUCUUCGUACUCAGUGCCCUCCAUCCGGACGAAUGGAUUCAGGCUAUAGACAAUGUCCACACAAUGCUCAAACCCGGUGGAUUGGUCGUAAUGCGUGACUAUGGGCGCUACGACCUUACUCAACUUAGAUUCAAAGGAGGGAGACUUCUAGAGGAUAAUUUUUAUAUCCGCGGAGACAAGACGCGUGUUUACUUCUUUGAACUAGGAUCGAAAGCAACUGCAGCAGAACACGCCCAUGCAAAUUCGACAUCCUAUUCCAUCGAGAACGAUGACGACGACACGAGCAAGGAGGCAAGUUCACCGCAGAAUGGAGUUCCCGCAGACUCUGCUCCUCUGAAUGACGAGUCGGUCGGCCAGUUGCAUGUUUCAGACUCUGUCACAUCGCUUCCAGAGACUUCCUCCAACGAAGGAAUUCCUCCGCAGACGACACCGCAAUCCGGUGCAAUUCAUCCCAACUUGCUGUCACACGAAAGCGUUUCUCGACAUCCACUCUUUACCACCGCUCAGUUGGGUAUUGAUCGGCGAUUACUGGUAAACAGAAAGCGUCAGUUGAAGAUGUACAGGGUCUGGAUGCAGGAGCCGAAUGUAUCUGCCAUGAAACUACCUCGGGAUCUCGUUCGCGACAUCCACCAGGGCCACGGGCGCUACUUGUGA